ACUCUUCUUGAGAAUGAAAAACAUCUUAAAAUGUGCACAACGAGGAUUAUUGUUACGUCAAUUAUUGGUGCAACGAUGAAUUUACCACGAAGAAUGACGAUAGUAGGAAUUCGUAAUCUCAUUGCUUUCUUUAUUAUUCUUUUGCAUGGAGAGACAUAUGGAAAAUAUUUGGAGGGCCUCAACAUGAAUUUAGGAGAUGCUCUUUUAUUUCUCAGAGAAUAUGAUAGCGCAGCUUCAUUAAUGUGCACAAGGGUGACGAUAGCCCAGUGGAACUUUGCAACUAACGUUACUGAUGCAAACCACCAGAAAAUGAUAGACGAACAAACAUUAAAAUUAAAAUUUGAAAGAUCUUCUUGGCGGAAAGCAAUCACAUUUGCUUGGAGUCGGAUACCAGAUCCUUUAGCAAGAAGAGAACUUAAAAUGAUUGCUACGAAAGGUCGAAGUUCUUUGACUGAUGAUAAGUUUAAUGAGAUACACCGUUUAAUAGCGGAAAUGAAAGAGACUUAUGUUAAAGCCAGAGUAUGUUCAUACAAACAAAUUGAUGGCGAAUGUAAUUUUAGUCUGGAUCACGAUAUAAAUAAAAUAAUGGCACAGUCAAAAGACUACGACGAAUUAUUGCAUUAUUGGCAUGCUUGGCACGAAGCCAUUGGUCCACAACUUCAAAAUAAAUAUUUGAGAUAUGUUCAAUUGGCAAAUCGAGCAGCUAAAUUAAACGGUUUUGCCGAUGCUGGCGACCAGAUGAGAGAACUGUUUGAAGACGAAUAUUUCGAGCAAAAUAUAGCAGAGAUAAUGUCAGCCAUAACUCCGCUAUACAAGAAUCUUUUUACUUACGUGCGAUUAAAACUGAUUGAAAGAUACGGUGACAGAAUACGGGAGGAUGGACCUUUACCGGCGCAUGUUUUAGGGGACAUGUGGGCUCAAAAUUGGGAAAAUCUCUAUGAAUUAGUGCAACCAUUUCCCGCAAGCAGAAAGCUCGAUGUAACUUUGGAUAUGAUGAUUCAGGGUAUAACUCCAAUGAGGAUGUUCCAAAUAGCGGAAGAAUUCUUCACUUCGCUUGGAAUGAAACCGAUGCCACCGGAAUUCUGGAAAUUCUCCAUAUUUGAAAAACCCAUUGAUAGAGAAAUUAGGUGCACUCCUAGUGCAUGGGAUUUUUGUAAUAAAAUUGAUUACAGGUGACUUUAUUUAUUAUUAAUAAAACAAUGUACCAGAGUUACGAUGGAAGAUCUACUGUCUACGCAUUAUGAAAUGGCGCAUUUGCAAUAUUAUUUACAAUACAAGGAUCAUCCAUUGCUAUUCCGAAACGAGGCGAUUCCAGGAUUCCAUGAAGCUGUUAGCGAUGCAACUGGUUUAUCCAUUUUUACUCAUCAACACUUACAUAAAAUUGGACUGCUUAAUAAUUUAACGGACGAUUAUGAUAGUAGUAUAAAUUUUCUCAUGCUAAUGGCUCUUCGCAAAGUGGCUUAUAUGCCGUUUGCUUAUAUAGUCGAUCAGUGGAGGUGGCGCGUCUUCAGCGAUGGCAUAGAAGAUAUGACAGCACAUUGGUGGGAAUUAAGGUUGCAAUAUCAAGGCAUUAUUCCACCCGUACCCAGAUCAGAAAGAAAUUUCGAUCCAGCAGCGAAGUAUCAUAUCCCAGCAGAUAGUCCUUAUGCCAAGUAUUUUGUAAGCACUGUAUUACAGUUUCAAUUGUUCCAGUCCCUGUGUGAAAUUUCUGGUCACACUGGCGAAUUGCACACCUGCGAUCUUUACAGAUCACGAGAAGCAGGCCGACUAUUAUCAGAUGUUCUGUCGACGGGAGGUUCUAAACCGUGGCAAGAUGUUGUCAGACAAAUGACAAGAGGUAGAACGAAUAGAAUAGACGCUGGUGCCAUGCUCAAAUAUUUUGAGCCUUUGAAUGCAUGGCUGAAACGACAAAAUGAGAUGCAGCCUGUAAUUGGCUGGAUCACGAGUCGCAACGACAGAGGUUAG